ACAGUGGGUGCGAGACACUGUGGCUUGUAGGCCACUCCAGGUCUCGCACUCACUGUGAAAUUUGGUGGAGGAUCGGUGACGAUCUGGGGGUGCUUCAGCAAGGCUGGAAUCGGGAAGAUUUGUCUUUGUGAAGGACGCAUGAAUCAAGCCACGUACAAGGUUGUGAAAACUUGCUUCGGUUUCCUCCUGAACUAGACUUAAUGGCUUUCCGGUAAAAAAAAAAAAUGGGAAAAUAUUUGUGCUCUCUUAAUAUAACAUAAUUUCCUACCACCAUUUUCAGGAUUUUCUGACAACUUCCGGAUGUUGCACACCUCGUGAGUCUUGUUUACCACUGGCUGAACACGCACCACAACAUCAGGAAGUAGCAUUAGCCACAUACAUGGUGGUGGACAUGUGUGUUCUAUUAACAGUAUAGUACGCAAAUUUCCCAUAUUUUCUUCCAUAGACGAGCUAUUAAAUCUAGUUAAGGAGGAAACCGAUGCCUUCGCAGCCAGAAUAAAGGAUGCUUUAUGUAUGUCAGUCCAUGGAGGGGACACGAGUGUAUUACCGUCGAGGCUGACAGCGUUGGCACCUAGAGGAGACAGCUCACUGCAGAAUGAGUCCACACAGUGCUGCCAGAGUGGUGGUGGUUGGUGCUGGUCUAUCAGGCUUAUCUGCAGCUUCCACCCUGGUGAAAGCUGGCUUUCGGCACAUCCAAGUCCUGGAGGCUAUGGGCAGGCCCGGAGGCCGGGUCUACACCACAAGACCCUUUGGCCAGAAUGUAAUUGAGCUGGGGGCCAACUGGAUCCACGGUCAGGAGGCCAACCCUCUCUUCCUGCUAGCCCAGGAGCAGGGCCUGCUGCUGGAGGAGAGAGGCUCAGCCAGCAUCAUGUGCCUGCCAGGCUCUGUCACCCCUAGGGACUACUUCUUCCGUGAAAGCAGGCGACAGCUUCCGGUGGACGAGGUGGAGCAGGUGUGUUCCUUUUUCAGCGGGCUCACCUCCAGGGCCUUCGAAUCAGAGUUGGAGCCUAGGCACAGCAGUCAGAGCCUGGGGGGCUACCUGGACGAGGAGUUCGCCCAGUCACCCCUGGCGGCCUUGGAGGACGGCCCGAGGGUAUUCGAGUGGUGCAAGAGGAGCGAAUGCACGGAUGAGGCCAGCUCCUCCCUCUAUGAGGUGUCUGCCUCGCAGCUGGGUCACUAUGUGGCCUUGGAGGGGGGCUUCUUCAAUUCUCUGGGCCCCGGAGGCUAUCAGGCCCUAGCAGACACCCUCUUGGACAACCUUCCGCCUGGAGCCUUGCUGUGUGACAGGCCGGUACACAGCAUCCACUGGGCCCUGCAGGAGGAGAAGAACCACACCCGUCCAGUCAGAGUGCUGUGCCAGGGGGGACAGUGCUUCAUGGCAGACCACGUCAUCGUGACCGUCCCUUUAGGCUUCCUGAAAGAGAAUGCCGUGGCCAUGUUUGAGCCAGCCCUCCCCAAGUCCAAGGCCGACGCCAUUGAGAGACUGGGCUUCGGCACAGUGGACAAGAUUUACCUGCGGUUCGAGGACAGGUUCUGGCCCCACGACUGUGCCGGGAUCCAGCUGGUGUGGGACGCUGGACCCGAGGAUGAGGAGGUAUACCAGCACUCUCAGUCAGAGGGUGGGGCCUGGAGAGACAUGUGGUAUAAGAAGAUCUGUGGCUUUGACACGGUGGCCCGCCAUCCCACAGUCCUCUGCGGCUGGAUCACAGGCCGGGAGGCCCGACACAUGGAGAGCCUGGAUGAGAAGAUAGUGGGAGAGGUGUGUGUAAGAAUGCUCAGGUCCUUCACUGGCUGGUCAGUACCAGAGCCAGCCCAGGUCCUGAUGUCCAAGUGGGGGAGUGAGCGUUUUGUCCGUGGGUCAUAUACGUACCCCCCUCCAGGAGUGGACGCUGUGAGGGAACACACAGCCCUGGCAGCCCCGCUUCCUUUGCCCUGUGAGGCUGGAUACUCACAGGCAAAGCCUCUUCAGGUGCUGUUUGCUGGCGAGGCCACCCACGUGAACUUCUACACCACCACUCAUGGGGCCUACAUGACGGGCAUCAGAGAAGCACAAAGACUCAUUGACCAUUACGCCGAUAGUGAGCCCCGAUUCCUCUAACGAGUGAUACACAAAACGCCUCAUUUACUAAGAACUCCAGCUUGUCAGCAGGUUACUAAUACUGAUGAAAUUACCAUGAAUUGUUUUCGAUAUCUAGUAAGCAGCUGCUUGAAAUCAUUAGCCACUAUGAAUGUCACCACUAUGGAUUCAGCUGUGGACUUUGGUCACCAUCAUGCGAUUGUGUUAAAGUUGAAGUGCUUUGUAAUUGUAGUUGUAUGUCACAGUAUCAGUUCUUUCUUUUAGGGAUUGGUUAGCAUACUAAGAUUGCCUGACUCAUAAUGUAAUGACCUUUUUCCUUUUUUUCGUGUAACUUGAAACCGUAGCUGUAAUUUUAAAUGACACCUUUUUUGUCGUUGACAAAUACAUUUUUUGUGUGAUGAAUAUAUUAAUUGGAUCCCAAUUAGAUACGCCACACUACCAUUUGUUUUCACAUUUAAAAUUUGAUGCACAUAUCAGUAUGAUUCAUUAUGAUUUGCUGAAGGUAUUGAAAACACAAACUGGGGAAUAGGGUCUUUAUUGACUGUCAUUGUAGCAUUGCAAAUGAUCUUCAUAGAGAUGUAUUCAUCUGCUUAUCCAACAUAGCAAAAACAAAAUACCCCAAUAGAUAUCUCCAUUUGACAGUCAUAAUUUCAUUGAUACGUUACACCUCAACAUGUAUAUUAUGAAACACAAAGUACCUACUAAUAAACUAAGCCAUUGUGGUCCUCUGAAGAUUGCAAAUA